CGCGAACUCGUUUCCAGUACGCGUCUCGUGUGCAUGAGGUAAACACGCUCUCUCAUCUCAAAUACAAUGGAAUGAUGAAAUUUUUUAUGAGAUCGGUAUCAUUGACCGUAUCGCACUGAUCAUCAUGUACGGUUUUGUGAAUUACGCCCUCGAACUACUUGUAGUGAAGACCUUUGACAACGAGACAUGGGAGGAGAUCAAGAAAGAUGCUGCGGUCAACAUGGACGGUCAAUUUCUUGUCCGUCAAAUAUACGACGACGAAAUCACGUACAACAUCAUUUCAGCCGCCGAAAAACGUCUAAAAAUUCCAGCCAACGAGAUACUCGAGUUAUUCGGUAAAAUGUUCUUUGAGUUUUGUCAGGACUCGGGGUACGAUAAAAUUCUUGAGGUUCUCGGAGCGACGCCGAGAGAUUUUCUACAGAAUUUGGACGCUCUGCAUGAUCAUUUGGGUACACUUUACCCGGGAAUGAGAGCACCUUCGUUUCGGUGUACGGAAAGACCAGAAGACGGAGCUCUUGUACUUCAUUAUUAUUCCGAUCGUCCUGGGCUGGAGCACAUUGUCAUAGGAAUCGUCAAAACCGUCGCGAAGAAACUUCAUGGAACCGAUGUCGACAUGCAGAUUCUUAAAACAAAGAACGAAUGCGAUCACGUACAAUUUCUCAUAACUGACACUUCAGCACCUGGUGUUACGACGAAGCCAAUGAUAGCUGAUCUUGAGACCCUAUCCGUCGAGCCCAAAGUAAGUCCGGCGACUUUCUGUCGUGUUUUCCCGUUUCAUUUUAUGUUCAAUCGAAAUUUAACGAUAGUUCAAACUGGCUGUACAAUCACACGAGUAAUACCACGUGUCAAUAGCGGAGUCUGUAAAUUGAGUGACAUUUUACUAACGGUGAGGCCUCAUCUUGAAUUAACAUUCGAGAACAUAUUAUCACACAUCAAUACAGUUUACGUUUUAAAAACAAAGAAGAAUGUCAUGAAGGUCGAAACUUCUGAGGAAUUUUCAAAUCUGCGACUUAAGGGUCAAAUGUUGUAUAUACCAGAAUCGGAUUUAGUCAUUUUUCUAUGUUAUCCAAGUGUGAUGAAUCUUGACGACUUGACAAGACGUGGAUUAUACUUGAGUGACGUUCCACUUCACGACGCAACCCGGGACUUGGUUCUCAUGUCAGAGCAAUUCGAGGCUGAUUACAAAUUAACGAGAAACUUGGAACUCUUAACGGAUAAGCUUCAGCAAACAUAUCGGGAACUCGACGGAGAGAAACAAAAAACAGACAGGUUGCUGUAUUCGGUACUGCCGAUAUCGGUGGCGAAUGAGCUCAGACAUUCGAGGCCCGUGCUAGCCAAGAAAUACGAUUGUGUCACACUUCUGUUCUCGGGUAUCGUAGGAUUCGGUGCUUACUGUGCAGCACAUACGGACUCCAGUGGAGCUAUGAAAAUCGUCAAUAUGCUUAAUCAGCUGUAUAUUGCUUUCGACGUUCUCACAGAUCCAAAAAAAAAUCCAAACGUCUACAAGGUGGAAACUGUUGGUGACAAGUACAUGGCCUCCAGUGGAUUACCCGAGCCAUGUCGCAGCCAUGCUCGUUGCAUAGCGCGUCUGGCCCUGGACAUGAUGGAUCUCGCCGCCGAUGAUGUCCAGAUCGAUGGAGAGCCUGUGAAAAUCACUAUUGGUAUUCACAGUGGUGAGGUCGUUACCGGCGUUAUUGGACAUCGCAUGCCUCGUUAUUGCCUCUUUGGUAACACGGUCAAUCUAACGAGCAGAACGGAAACGACCGGUGAACCCGGCAAGAUUAAUGUGUCAGAGGACGCUUACAGAUAUCUCUGUAUGCCAGAAAAUCAGGAUCCUCAAUUCCUGCUGGAGUACCGAGGACCGGUAAUUAUGAAAGGAAGAUCCGAAGCUAUGAACGUAUGGUUCCUAUCGAGAGAAAGGGAAUUAACUUCGUAAACGAGUGAUUGCCGCAAAACGUUUGGAGUCGUCGUCAAAUAAAUAUUGUUGACGUUUUUCAAUGAGUUCCGCGACUAUAAAUUUAUUUCAAGCGAGUUUAUUGAGUAUUCUCUGUUUAGUCUAUUAAAAUCUAUAUCGUUGUUGAGUAACCGGCGAAUUGAUAAUUUUUAAACGGCAGAAUCAAAUUUUAUAAACAAUCAUACGUCAUCGAGUAUAGUUUCAUCGUAGUAAAUUGUUAAAUUAUUUUCACUGUUCAGAUAAACUCACACACAAUAGAUCAGUGGAAUUGAAAAAAAAUGUUUGACUCAAUCGACGUUUGAUAAUAAAAUAAACUAAAAACAAGUGUCAUAAAAUCCCAUGGAAUGAGAAUGAGAAAAUCAAAUGUGCUAACACUUACAUUCUCCAAUAAAUUCAGAGCAAUUCGUUUACUCUGUGAUUAACCGUAUUCAUAAAAAAUGAUACUGACUGAGCCCUGAAACUUCUUCAAAGUUAACGAUCCCCUCUUUUGAAUGAUGCACUUCCAAAAUGUAUGUAUGCGUAAAUGCGUAUCAUUUUCGUUAUGAGAAAAAAAAAAGUUAAAUAAAUACCACGCAGAGAAUCUUGUAGAUAAUGUUCUUCACAAUAAUGUAUACUAUAGUCGGUGACGAACAGGUAGACACUUUUACAAUAGCAAUGAAGUUUCGAGAUUUCCAUUGGAUAAGUUCGGUAUAUGAAUCUGUAAUAACGGAGGAAGAAAACAAUGAGAAAAAGAAAAGAAAUUAAUUUUCUUUCUCCCCCUCGUUAUAAAUAUUUCGUGCUGAUCAACGGAUAAUAGAGUAUUUGGGAAGAAAAUAUUCGUUGUAACGGUUAAUUCAGGUGAAUAUAUACUUUCUCCGGCUUUUUCGAAGCAUGUUUGGGUAUAACCAUGCACCUGCUUAACCAUCGAAACUGAGACAAUGAGCGGAAUCGCUCUUGUUAAGUUACGAUUAAACAGAUUAUCGAAUUUGAUAAUUAUCGCAAUAUUCACAACAACACAAUUGUACCGCAUCACAUCGCUCUCAAAAACGAGUAUUAUAUGGUAAUAGCUCGAAUAGCGUUAAAAAUAUUAUCCUACGAGUACAUCUAGGGAUACACAUUUUUUUUCUAUCGUAUAUAUUUUACACCAAAAUUCUUGAAUAAUUAUCGGUGAUGCGAGUUGAAAAUUUUUCAAAAAUGACAUCAUCUCGAUACGAAGUCCGAGACGAAUAAAAUUGACAAUCGUUUAUUUGGCAAAUGAAUAAUCCCAGCUUUGAUAAUGAAUUGUAGUAAUAAUGUAUUAAAUUAAGAAAAGUUAUAAAAAGAAGCAAAAAAUUA